UUUUCGUUGGUUCUGUGAGUAAAGAAAGAGUGAGAGCUCUUCACUCUGUCAGACCAUCUCCGUGUCAGCUGAACAGCAUGACCUGUGUGACACUAAUGUUUGAAACCUCAUGAAAACAGCGUCACUUUGCUUAUUUAAAUGACCGUGACAUAAACCAGGUGCAGGAAGUGUGUGAGGAUGCCAGCCGGUGUGUCUUGGCCUCGGUACCUGAGGAUGUUUGGAGCCAGUGUACUGGCCAUGUUUGCAGGAGCACAGGUCGUCCAUCAGUACUACCUACCUGAUCUGAGUAUACCAGAUAUCCCACCAAGGCCCGGGGAGCUUCAGACAGAGCUGCAGGGAUACAGAGUCAGAGAAGAAGCUGCUGCUACGUUACAGCAGCUCAGAGAAGAACAAAAAGUGGACUGAUGAGGAGUUAUACGUCCUCUGUGUGAUGGACACACAUCGAGCAGACUUUGUCCAGUUUUUGCCACCAGCUAGAGUCUGAAGAAUGCCUGGGUGAACUGGAACAUCAGUAAAUGGAGAUCUUCUGUGUUUGCCGUUUUCUUACAAUAGAUCCAACGAAUGGGAUUGAAUACAACAAUGGAGAUUUGCUGCCCAAAAUGAAGACCUUAACUUUUACUUCCAGUUGUAUCCAUCUGUUGUCAAUACAUAUUUACAUCCUUUUUGAUUGUCUUUGUAUUUGUAGAUUGAUGAAAUAUGCUACACACAGCAACUGCUGUAAGGUCAUGAAGUUGUUUAUGGUUUUGACUAUGUACAAAGAAUAUUUUUCGAUGAAAAAUAUCCCAGUAAAUAUUUUACCCAGGAAUAUACAUGGAUCUGCAAAAUGAAUACACAAUUUUGACGAUUGACCAACAUGGUGUCACUCAGGCAAUACAGGACUCCUGCUCAACCUCUGAAUUACCCUGAACCACAUCCUAAUUCUUCUGGGGUGAGAUUAAAGAUACUUGUCUAGUC